GGGAAAGAGCAACACAUCGGUCAGGCUGACCACGGGAAUAACUCCCCAAUGCUGGCCCUGUUGGUGACCCCAAAGAGUUAAAGACCUUUGCAAAUACUGCAGCUGAGCUGUGUGUGCAGGGUUUCUGCAGCGUGCAGACACAUCCAGGAGCGAUCUUGCCCGUUGGCCGCCUCUGGCCUGGUGGCUCAGUGUGGGAUGCUCACCUGUUUCACCACCGGGGCACUGGGGAGCCUCUAGGUUACAGCUGGUUUGCACUGGGAUUAGCUGCUCUUUGCCUGGGCUUGUAGCUGUGGAUGUGGUUUCUGUAGUGAUGGGGCCGACUGCGGACCUCUAUUGGCUGCUGGCUUCCUGAAUUUCAUUCAGUUUGGUCCAAUAGCAGAGGGGGAGCUCGGGGAAUCUUCAGGACCACUCUCUUCAAUCUCUCCUUGACUUGCAGACCCGGCUCUCCCUUCUCGGUGUCAGCACAGGGCUCUUAUUCGGACCUAGCUCGGCCCUUUCCCGUGCCAACUGUGCUGACCCUCAGACGGUCUACAACAGCAACCACCACGCACCCAUUUCCUCCCCGAGGCCGCGUCGCCGGCCCUCGCAUGCCCCUGGAGGAGCGAAUCUCGUUGGGAUUGCAGAAAGCCAAGACGCCCUGCACGCAGUACCUCCUCCCGAAUCGCACCCUCCUCAGGGUCUCCGAGACGAACCUGGAUACGUAGAAAGAACCACCCCAGCUGAUGCAGUUUUUCCGCGGCGAAGGUAUCUUUUUGACCUACUAAGUAGGACGAAUUGGAAUGGCUCUGAAGGUCUCGAUGAACCCCCAAAUCAUCAGUUGUAAAGAUGACAUUAUAUGGAGAGGCUUACUUGAAACCUUAUCAUAGUGUGGACUAUAUCAGUCUUAGCUUCCACGUCUGAUAUUGCUCCGAAGGGAAAAAUGUGCUGAGAUGGAAAAGAAACCCGGCAGAUUUCCAUGGAGACAUUUUUAAAGGCGUCUUCGUAGAAGGACAAUAUAAUGCAGGCCGACCUCUGUGCCCUGGAGUUUUCGUAAGGAAUCGUCUCCCUUGGGACCUGUUGGCUACUCAUCCUUCCUCGGAGCCUCGCGCUUGGCGGAAUUCAGUUCCAGGAUUAAGGGAGGGCCGCUCUUCGCAAUGGGCUGCCCCGAAAACCGCUUGGUUUGUUCUUAACGUUGGGCUCUGUCUAUGAGCCAUCUGCGAGGCUUCCUAGCUAGCCCGUCGCCUCUCCUGGGUCUUCGGCUGCCUGGAAAGCGCCCCCGUCUCCUCGGGCUGGCUUCACGCCUUGGUCUGCUUGGUGUUGCAUCCCACAGACACGUGCGGAUGUGGGAGUGAACAAUGUUGAGACCUCAAGGACUGAUAUGGCUCCCGCUGUUCUUCACCCCGGUCUGCGUCAUGGUGAAGUCCAAUGUCCUCCUGUGGAUAACCGCUCUCGCCAUCAAGUUCACGCUCAUUGACAGCCAGGCACAGUAUCCCGUUGUCAACACCAAUUAUGGCAAAAUCCGGGGCCUAAGAACACCGUUGCCCAAUGAGAUUUUGGGUCCAGUGGAGCAAUACUUGGGGGUCCCUUACGCCUCACCCCCCACCGGAGAGAGGCGGUUUCAGCCCCCAGAACCCCCAUCCUCAUGGACUGGGGUUAGAAACGCCACCCAGUUUGCUGCGGUGUGUCCCCAACACCUGGAUGAGAGAUCUCUGUUGCAUGACAUGCUGCCCAUAUGGUUUACUGCCAACCUGGAUACUUUGAUGACCUACGUUCAAGAUCAAAGUGAAGAUUGCCUUUACUUAAACAUCUAUGUGCCCACGGAGGAUGAUUUCCAGGCUCCAUCCAGGCCCCCGCUGACUUCUCAAUUCUGGGGCCGGUCCCCGAGAAUCUGCCUUAAUGACCCUAAAGACAUCCAUGAUCAGAACAGUAAGAAGCCAGUGAUGGUCUACAUCCACGGUGGCUCUUACAUGGAAGGCACUGGCAACAUGAUUGAUGGUAGCAUUCUGGCCAGCUAUGGGAAUGUUAUCGUGAUCACCAUUAACUACCGCCUGGGGAUUUUAGGGUUCUUGAGUACUGGCGACCAAGCAGCCAAGGGCAACUACGGCCUCCUUGAUCAGAUCCAAGCCCUACGGUGGAUUGAGGAGAAUGUUGGGGCGUUUGGUGGCGACCCCAAGCGUGUGACCAUCUUCGGCUCGGGCGCAGGAGCCUCCUGUGUCAGCCUCUUGACAUUGUCCCACUAUUCAGAAGGUUUGUUCCAGAAAGCCAUCAUCCAGAGUGGGACGGCCCUGUCCAGCUGGGCAGUAAACUACCAACCUGCCAAGUACACUCGGAUAUUGGCAGAUAAAGUCGGCUGUAACAUGCUGGAUACGACGGACAUGGUGGAAUGCCUUCGGAAUAAGAACUACAAAGAGCUCAUUCAGCAAACCAUCACCCCCGCCACCUACCACAUUUCCUUCGGGCCCGUGAUCGACGGCGACGUCAUCCCAGACGACCCCCAGAUCCUGAUGGAGCAAGGGGAGUUCCUCAACUAUGACAUCAUGCUGGGCGUCAACCAGGGCGAGGGCUUGAAGUUCGUGGAUGGCAUUGUGGACAAUGAGGACGGCGUGACCCCCAACGACUUUGAUUUCUCCGUGUCCAACUUCGUGGACAACCUGUACGGCUAUCCGGAGGGCAAGGACACGUUGCGGGAGACCAUCAAGUUCAUGUACACGGACUGGGCGGAUAAGGAGAACCCCGAAACGCGACGGAAAACCCUGGUCGCCCUCUUCACCGACCACCAGUGGGUGGCCCCCGCUGUGGCCACGGCUGACCUGCAUGCCCAGUACGGCUCUCCCACCUACUUCUAUGCCUUCUACCACCACUGCCAAAGCGAGAUGAAGCCCACCUGGGCGGACUCGGCCCACGGUGACGAGGUGCCCUAUGUGUUUGGGAUCCCCAUGAUCGGCCCCACCGAGCUUUUCAGCUGUAACUUCUCCAAGAACGACGUCAUGCUCAGCGCGGUGGUCAUGACGUACUGGACGAACUUCGCCAAAACCGGUGACCCUAAUCAGCCCGUUCCUCAGGAUACCAAGUUCAUUCACACAAAACCCAAUCGCUUUGAGGAGGUGGCCUGGUCCAAGUAUAACCCGAAGGACCAGCUGUAUCUGCACAUUGGCCUGAAACCCAGAGUGAGGGACCACUACCGAGCUACGAAAGUGGCCUUCUGGUUGGAACUCGUCCCCCACCUGCACAACUUGAAUGAGAUAUUCCAGUAUGUCUCCACGACCACCAAGGUCCCUCCUCCUGACAUGACUUCCUUUCCCUACGGAACCCGGCGAUCUCCUGCCAAGAUAUGGCCCACCACCAAGCGCCCGGCCAUCACUCCUGCUAAUAACCCCAAGCAGUCCAAGGACCCGCAUAAAACCGGGCCCGAGGACACCACCGUCCUCAUUGAAACCAAGCGGGAUUAUUCCACCGAGCUGAGCGUCACCAUCGCCGUGGGGGCCUCCCUUCUCUUCCUCAACAUUCUGGCUUUCGCAGCGCUGUACUACAAGAAGGACAAGCGACGCCACGAGACUCACCGGCGCCCCAGUCCCCAGAGAAACACCACGAAUGACAUCGCGCAUAUCCAGAACGAAGAGAUCAUGUCGUUGCAGAUGAAGCAGCUGGAACACGACCAUGAGUGUGAGUCCUUACAGGCUCACGACACGCUGAGGCUCACCUGCCCGCCAGACUACACGCUCACACUGCGUCGGUCCCCGGACGACAUCCCACUUAUGACACCAAACACCAUCACCAUGAUUCCAAACACACUGACAGGGAUGCAGCCCUUGCACACGUUCAAUACCUUCAGCGGAGGACAGAACAGUACAAAUUUACCCCACGGGCACUCAACCACUAGAGUAUAGCUUUGCGGUCCCUUUCCCCUUCCCUCGACGCCUCCCCUCCGCAACAUGGAAGAGAGAACGAAGAAUGAGAAGCAACGUCUCUACGCAAGGGAUGGUUUUCCUCCCGCUGACUUAGGACAAAAAUUUUCAAAAUAGCAAAAAGGGCCGUCAUCGUGUCCCCGUGGACCCACCCCCUUGGCAUUUCCCAGUAUGACGAGAUCAACUUCUGACCCUAUGAAAUGUGAAAAGCAUACAUUGCUGUUACAACACCGCUUUAAGAUCUCCGCCCCUCCAGCGAACGUUUCAUGUGACCUGGACGCCACCGUUUCAAGGACCAACAUAACCAUAGAAGCUGACACUUCUGGAACUCAGCCAGGGACGCUUAAUUUUUCUUUUUUCUUUUUUCUUUUUUUUAAUUACAAUUUCAAAAAAGUAAAAAUUAAAAAAGUUCUUUAUGUGCCAUACGACAGAUGGCUCUACUACUGAAGUAAAGCAAAGAGCCUGUGGGCUUGCACCCAGUAUAUGCAGCUGUAAUCCAGCGAGAAAGAGAAGUAGAAUUUUAUUAUUCAAAUAAAAGAACUGACUAUGCAGUAACAGACAUCGAGUUCUGUGCAAAGAGAGGUUUUGCCCGUCUGAACUAUAUUUAAGAAACUUUGUAAAAAUAGAAGAAAAGAUGUAUAUAGCUGUGAGUUUAAACACACACACACACACACACA